AUGCCAGGUCCUCCUGGACAACCUGGACAGAAUGGACAAGCCGGCCCUCCAGGACAGAAUGGAGAGAAUGGUGCUCCAGGCUCCUGCGAUCACUGUCCUCCUGCGAGACUCGCGCCCGGUUAUUGA